CACCUAAUCAAAAGGGUUCAUCAUUUGUCUUUCUCGAGUCAAUCAUUUUCAAUUUAGUUUCUCGUUUCCAUUAUUGCCUUUGUGUUCAUCUUAAUUGUUGAUCAUUAGAAAUUAAUUAAUCAUGUCUACAGAAAAAGAUAUGUACAAUUACAUUGAGGAGACCCUUAAGCCCAUGGCCCAAGAGGAUUGUACCAAAAUGUAUGCUGAUUGGAGUGAUAAGUAUGAAGAGGAUAUGCCGGGUUGUUCUUAUAAUGCACCUAAAGGAACAGCUGAUCGAUUCGCUGAAUUAAAUUUACCCAAAGAUAGUAAAAUCCUUGAUUGUGGAGCAGGAACUGGACUCUUGGGUCAAGCGUUAAGUGAUCUUGGUUAUACCAAUAUUGAAGCGCUAGAUGGAUGUGAGAAAAUGCUGGAAAAAGCUAAACUGAAAAAUAUUUAUAAAAAUGUAACCAUUUCCUAUGUUGGACCUGAGAUUGAGCUUCCAAUUGAGGCAGAAACUUUCGAUGCCUUAAUUAUGGUCGGAGUCUUUUGUCCAGGUCACUUUCCAAUGGACAUUGGAACUUAUAAACAAUUUUUAAAGCUCCUCAAGAAAGGUGGUAUCAUUUCAUGGGGAAUGGCUAAUCCAGAUCGUUAUGCAGAACGAGAUUCAACUUAUGCUGACAAAGGAUUUGACAAAAUCAUUGAAGGAUUAGUUUCGGAGGGAUUAGUUGAAAUUGUCGAUGAUCAUCCAAAAAAUUUACCUGAUUAUCUUAAAGGAGAAGAUGGUUUUUUCUGGGCUCUUCGUAAAUUGUGAAUAGUUAAUUAAACAAUGAUAAUUAACGUGCUCACAAUGAGAUGAAAUUAUCUUUCAAUUAAAGCUAAACAAAAAAGCAACAUUGUAAAUACUUUGCCAUUCUAUCAAAAUUGAUUGUUAAUUGCAAUGGAAUCAGCAAAUAAUCAACAAUUAAUAUUUGCACUAUUCUUAUAUUAAUCUUACUUUAAUUAAAUGGAAAAUUGAUUUGGUUCAAUAUUCACAAAAAAACUUGUUUUUUUCUUUAUUAAAUUAGAAAUAAAUAAAUUCUCCCUAUCAA